UUUCGUUGGACAACAACAGAGCGGGAACCGUGUUUUGGUGUUUCAUUCAUAAACAAUGUUAUGUAGCGAUAUCGGAGGAUAGUUUGAUCCCUCUGGAUUCGUUUACUCUGAAAACCUUUCCAUCUUUAAACAGAAAUAUAACAAAAAUGGACGAAAAUAAUUCCAAAUACGUUCAUAAAAGUGGUUUCAAGUUCAAACGGACUUCGAGUUUACAGAAACCGUCGUCUUCUAUCUCGUGUCUGCUAAAUCUUCCUUCUCGCGACCCAUCGACCAAUACUAGUAGUAGCUACAGCAGAGGUACAGACAUUACUACCACCAAUUCUACGCCAAAUAACGUUGUAAGUAACCAACUUUCCAAUUGUUCGGAUAGAUUUGAUACUAGCAAUGUUUGUGAUAAAAUCCAAACUCCAUUGUCAGCUUCCACCGCGACAAACACGUCGGUUCGUUCAGCUUCUUCGAUUAUUAAUUUACUACCAAAACUCAAUCGCUCGUCAACAGCACCAGCGAUGACAAAUGCAGACAAAUCGAUGGCGAUUAAGCAGCCUUUGUCGUUGGAGAGCAAACCAUCUUGCGUCAAUUCGUCCACCGUCACUUCUGCUGCUCAUGUCGGUUCGUCGUCCUUGUCAAAAGAACCGAAGCCCGUUCAAAAAACAAUGAGCAGUUUCUUGUCUAAUUUGCCGCUGGCCAAUCUGAAACCGAUUCAGGCUGUUAGCCCUCGACCAAUCAUUUCGCCACAGAGUGCGCAACCGACUUCAUCAACCAAACGAAAGCUGGGUAGCGACGAGCAAAGCAAAAACAAUGCGAAACCAAAAUCGAACAGCCUGGUUCUUCCUGACCAUCACUGUGAUAAAAAUGAGGAUGAUGAUGAUUUCGACGAUAGCUUUGCAGUUUCGCCUGUUAUCAAUAGAAAGAAGGCACCCCUUCAUGUACCCUCGCUUCCACCAAACACUACUUCAAAACCGUCUUCCAUCACUUCAUCUCCUGCAAGACCUAACUCUUCUAAAUUCUCCGCUUCAAAGAAACCAGAGACCCCAAAGACAAAAUACAGCACCAGCGUCAUCAUGGUUCCAGAUAGUGAUGUCGACGAUGAUACUGAAAUCGUGUGCAAGCCUAAGAAGCGGCGAAAGAACCGUGUUGUAUCGAGUGAUGAUGAUGAAGUUGAUGGUGGCGGUGAUAAACGAAAUGAAGGAGACCCAAAAAUAUCCAGUUUUGAUUCACCUGUGAAAACUCCAUUGGCCUCUCGAAUGAAGAAAACCCCUCGUUCCCCUGUUGCUAGCGAAUCAACUGCUUCCUCUUCACAGUCAUCGAAUCUUAAACAACAACUUGAUGACGUCACAGCAAACCCACUGCUGCAAAAGGAAUCAUUGACCAAAGAAGACAUCAACAAUCUCAGAAUCCUGUUGUUCAUGACGAUGGAUGAAGUUUGUGAUAUUAUCAGUAAAAUCCCUUCAGCUGAUCUUAUCAAUGUUGCGUUCAAAGAUUACAAGCGUUUGCAGCAUCUGCUUCUCACGCGGAAACUACUCAAAGACAAGACUAAGCCAGCCAAAACACUAUCUCCAAAGAAAAAUAAGAAUGAGCCAGAUGUUAACAAGACUACACCAUCAAAUAAAACAUCCCUUGUGAAACGUCUCUUGACUUCCAAGGUAAGCUCACCAUUGUCUGUGCCUUCGAAAGCAAAAGUAAUCAAUUCUCAUAUUCCGUGCGGGGACAGUUUCUUUGAUGAAAAUCCCAGCCAUUCCACUCCUGUGCCAAAUUCACUUGAUAGAAACAUGAAAAACUCUACUUCAAUGUCUCCUUCUGUGUCGAAAUUUAAUGAGUCUCAUGAUGUUGUCAAUAAUAAUAACAACAACGAAAUCAGCAUUAAUGAUGACUCUUUUAGUCAUGAAGACGGUUUCUCGGAUGUUGAUGCUGAUGAUCUUAUAGCAUCUGUUGAUGAAGAGUCGAAUUUCCAGUUUGGUUACAAACUCUCAGACAGCAGCUCCAAAAGUAAACCUGACAACCAUUCCGUUUCAGCUGUUCAAAACUCGUUUCAGAGAAGGUCAAGUUCCGAUAAUUUUUCUUUACCAGAAACAUCAAACUUUGAUAACGACAGAAUCACUAGUUCGGGAAUGCUAUCUCCAGUUCGCAAUAGGGAGAACCAAAAACUCAGUGAUAUUCUUAAAAAGAGUCCCCCUCCAAGCCCUGUUUUUAAAUCGGCCCUCUCCCAAAGUGAACCCAUGAAAUCUGCAUCUGACGAUGAGGAAAUUUACGGCAAAUCAUCAGAAUUCGAUGGUUUCCAUUUCCCACACAGUGACGACAUGUUGACGAUGUUUCGACAAGUGUUUGGCUUGAAGAAAUUCCGAGGUUCUCAGUUGCAAGCCAUCAAUGCAUCCUUACUUAAUCACGAUUGUUUCAUUUUAAUGCCAACAGGUGGCGGUAAGAGUCUCUGUUACCAGCUGCCAGCACUGAUUAGUAACGGAGUUAGCAUUGUGAUAUCGCCUUUGCGAGCCCUGAUAAUGGAUCAAGUUGAGCGGCUUUUAUCGUUAGACAUUCCAGCUGCAUCAUUAUCUGGUGAUGUAAGCUUGAAAGACUCUGAUUCUGUAUAUAUGCAGCUAUCCAUGAAAGAACCACCUCUAAAACUUGUAUAUGUCACACCAGAGAAAAUCUCCAGCAGCACCAAGUUAAUGACGUUGUUUGAAAACCUUAACGCUCGUGGCUUACUCAGUCGAUUCGUUGUCGACGAAGCACAUUGCGUCAGCCAGUGGGGGCAUGAUUUUCGACCUGAUUACAAACGCUUGUAUAUGCUCAGAGACAAAUUUCCGCAUGUCCCCAUGAUGGCUCUGACAGCCACAGCCACUCUUCGCGUCCGAAAAGAUAUUAUACACCAACUCCACAUGAAGUCUCCAAAGUGGUUUGUGAAAAGCUUCAACCGACCCAAUUUGAAGUUUAGCCUUGCAGAGAAGAAACCCAAAUCCACAACUGAUGAAAUUGCUGAAUUAAUUAAAUCCAAGUUUAGAAACCAGAGUGGCAUCGUGUACUGCUUGUCUCGCAAAGAGUGUGAUGAAGUAGCGAAGAAUUUGAGCAAGAGAGGAAUAAAAGCCAUUGCUUACCAUGCUGGUCUUUUGGACAGCCAGAGGGCUCAGACUCAGGAAGGUUGGUUGAAUGAUAUUUGGAAAGUCAUUUGUGCAACCAUUGCAUUUGGAAUGGGUAUAGACAAGCCUGAUGUGCGUUUUGUCAUUCAUUUCUCAAUGCCAAAGUCUGUCGAAGGAUAUUAUCAAGAAUCUGGCCGAGCAGGGCGUGAUGGCCUUUUGGCGUCUUGCACGCUCUUCUACAAUUAUCAGGAUGUGAAACGAUUGCGUCGGAUGAUCGACCUGGACAGGAACUGUACAUACGAAUCCAAGAAAGUUCACAUAGACAACCUCUACCAAAUGGUGCGCUAUUGUGAGAACAAGGCAGACUGUCGGAGAGGUCAGUUGCUGCAGUAUUUCGGUGAAUAUAAUUUCAACACUGAGAUAUGUAAUGAAUUUCCUGGAGCUAUUUGUGAUAACUGUUCAUCGAAAACUACUUUCCAUGUUCGUGAUGUCACUGACGACGUGAAAGAGAUCAUACGCUUUGUCAAGGACAUGUGCCAUGACCGUAAAUUAAAUUGUACUCUUAUUUACCUGACAGAUGUGUUUCGAGGUUCUCGUAAUAAGGGUGUCUUAAAUCUGGGCCAUGAUGAGCAUUCCUUACAUGGAAGAGGCCAAAGCUACUUGUCACAAGAUGCCACCAGGUUACUACGUAAACUAGUUAUUGACACAAUCCUCAGAGAAGAACUGACAGUCACAGCAAUGGACCACACUGUGUGUUACGUCAAACUUGGAGCACGGGCUAAAGAGGUGAUGAUGAACAAAUUGAAAAUAAACCUACCUGUGCAUAGUGGCAAGAAGACUGUCGUCACCGAUGUCGACACCGAGGUUGUAACAGACAAGAAGAAACUUUUGGAUGAUUGCUACCAAGAGUUGCUGGAAUUAGCCAAACAAAUUGCUCAAGAGAGACACAUCCACAACUACGCAUCUGUGUUUCCCAAUCCGAUGCUACUCUCCAUGGCUACCGAAGUCCCGCUAACUAUUGAUGAGAUGCAGGAGAAGAUCGACGGCCUCACUAUGCAGAAGAUUGCCAAGUACAAUGCUGAACGCUUCCUUGAGAUUACCAACAAGUACUGCAUGCUUUAUUCCAAUCUCAACACCCACAGUUCCUCAGUGCAGUCGGUGGAUUUCAGCGACGAGUGGGAGUCCCCGUAUUUCGCUUGGAAUUCUUCAAAUACUUUCUCAGCCAACAGCAUCAAAAGGAAACAACCAGUUCGUCGAAAGGGCACCUACAAGAGAAAGAAGGGGAGAAAAACUACAAAGAGAUCUUCACCUUUAAAACGAAGCACAGCAUUCAAGGCUGCUUCCACUACAGCGAAGAAUUCUUUAAAGAAAUUUCAAUAUUCACAAAUGAACAAAAGUUCGAAAUCAGCAAGCUCGAGUAAGCUUGGUUAUAUGCCAGUACCAAAAUUGAAGAGCUCGUUCCUCUCAUAAACCUUACAAUCUCACCACCCUGCAUCUCGUCCCUCCCACAAAUACUGUAUUUGAUGGAUUUGAUGACACCCGUUUAUUUGAUGCACCUAUUCAGAAAAAGACCCUGGGUGAUUUUAGGAGACAUUUUUUUGGAAAGAAGUGCAUCUUAUGUGCUUUCAAAUAUGGUAAUUGGAGAAAAUCUGCAACUGAAAAUAGCUUUGUGAAAAGUAUUUUGAGAACAGCUGUCGUUUAUUUAGCUUUGUUGCCAAAUAUAUAUAACAAUAUUACGGAUGAGACAUUAACAAUGUUAUAACAUAUAUCAGUUUCUUUUCUUUUUUUUUUUUGUGGUUAGUUAAAGAAAAGAAAAUUGAAAAGUAAAUCUCAAUCUUUGACCAAAAUAUUAAUUACACACCUGUUUUCAAGGUACCAUUUACAAGUCAGUGAAGGCACAUGGCUGAGUGGUUACGGUUUUUUAGUCACAAUUGUGAGAUUGUGGUUUCAAUUCCCAGACUGGAUGGUAUGUUGUGUUCUUGAGCAAAAACCCUUCAUUUCACACUGCCCCAGUCCAUUCAGCUGUAAAUGGAUCACCCUGCCACAGACUGGUGUCCACUUCAGGGCAGAAUACUCUGAUCCCGGUUGUUUAUAUAAACUGGGUGACCAUCCCUAUGAGUCCCAGGACUUGCGGCAACAAUAUCCAAAGGAUGAUGAUGAUGAUGGUUUAAAAGUCAUCCUUCCAAUUGGUGAUGAGAUAUUUCAGUUGCACAACAGAUGACUCUUGUAUUUUAUAGUUGACUUUUGUUUCUUCAUGAGACUCUUGACUCUCAGAAAGACUUGGAAUUUAAAAAAAAAAAAAAGACUCAACAUCUGUGAUUCUAAACACUCCAAUUGGAUUUUUUGUUUUUGUUCUAUUUUUUCUGCCAUUAAAAAAAAAAAGGAAGUGAAGCUAUAUUUAAAAACAAUGUUAUUCUCAGUCUUGAAGCCAUGGCUUGGCAGUCCCAACAUUCUUGAAUACUCAAAGACAUCCAGAAGAUUCUUCAAACUGUUUGAGUUGUUUUAAACCUUAACAUCUUUGAUUGCAGUGAAAGAACAUCAGUUUGUGAAUUCCAUUCUUGAAACGGGCAGUUGAUUGCGUCCUUGAGCAAGGCACUUCAUUUCAUGUUAGCUGAAAAUGCGUGCCUGGAGGAGCUGGGAGUUACCCUGUGGUGGGUUAGCUUCCUAUUCAGGGGAAUUGUCAGCUACUCUUAGUCGCCUAACAGCUUUAGAAAUUUGGAUAAGCCAUUAAGCCUCAUGGGACGAUAAGCUCAAAUGGAAGGCAUUAACCUUUGUUAACGAACAAAGUCUGUGUGUGUAUGAACAAAAAUGUUUGCAUACACACACUUGUGUGUAUGUAAAUGGAAUUAUUUCUGCAUGUGUGUGUGUGUGUGUAAAUAUAUGUAUGUUUAUAUGUGUUCAUGAUUGUAUGUAUGUUUGUGUAAAAUUGCAUCAGUAAUAAUUGUAUAUUUUGAUUAAUUUUCCUGUACUUAUAAUUGACUACUUUAUGUCUUACAUGUAAUUAUUUCAUGUUGAAUGUCCUUCAUUCUUCUUUUUUUUUUUUUUUUUUUU